UAGUUGCAAAUAGUUUCAGUCAGACCCAAAUACCAGCUAGAAUUUGAAAUCCUAACAAAUUGUGAAUUGAUUCAGUCGACAGAAACGCUGGAGUGCUUUCAUUUUGAAAUGGGUAGGCUACAGGAAGUUUUGCAAAUAUUUGUUUUUGUGACAUUUUCAACAGAUAAACAUUGAAACUGGUGAAAGAUCAUUUCACUGUGUUCUGCUGUAAACUGAGCGCAGAACCAGAAGCAAAUAGACCAGACCUUGAAUAUCUAGAAGAGCAGCGUGGCCUGAGCCACAACUGAGCCGCAGCCGGUGCAACAUGGACGAGGACACUUCAGAGCAAGUUGGACCCUCAACCACAAAAGGUCAGGACCACAGACUGAGAGCAGAGUCUCCAGGGUCCAGCUGUCUGUCUCUGAAGAGUGACUGGUCCAUGAAUCAUCCUCCAGACUUCAGUAAUGAACCUGGACCCUCACACACAGAGGAGAGGAAGAGGAGUCAUGUUUCUGAGGAGGAGCAGUCGUCCUGCUGUGCUUCGUGUCAGGACGUCCUGAAGGGUCCAGUCUCCACCAGCUGUGGACACUGGUUCUGCAGACAGUGCAUCACCUCAUACUGGGACCAGUGUGGUUCUUCAGGAGACUCCUCCUGUCCCCAGUGUGGACAAAGAUCCAGAACAGGAGCUGGAGGUCAGACAGCCGGUCAGAGCACUUGUCUUUCAGCAGAUCGUGGUCUGCAGGAGGUUUCAGAUGAACAUAAGCUCAGUGUGAGGAGGAGAUGUGAACAUGUGACUGAAGGAAGUGAUGAAACAGGAAGUAGAACCCUCCUCAACAGGAUCUACACUGAGCUCUACAUCACAGAGGGACAGAGUGAAGAGGUUAAUACUCAACAUGAGGUGAGGCAGCUUGAGACAGCUUCCAAGAUGAAGAUCCUCCAGGACACUCCCAUCAAGGUCCACGACAUCUUUAAAGCCUCCACUGACCAGCAGAGCAGCAUCAGAGUCGUCCUGACCAACGGCGUCGCUGGCGUUGGAAAAACCUUCUCGGUGCAGAAGUUCACUCUGGACUGGGCAGAGGGUUUAGAGAACCAGGACGUGGGUCUGCUGACUGUGCUUUCGUUCAGGGAGCUGAACCUGGUGAAGGACCAGCAGCACAGUCUUCUCACGCUGCUCCAUGUUUUCCAUCCAGCGUUACAGAAGCUCACGGCAGAGACGCUCGCUGUCUGUAAACCUUUGUUCAUCUUUGACGGCCUGGAUGAAAGCAGACCUUCUCUGGACUUCAACCACAGGGAGCUUGUGUCUGAGGUCACACAGAGGUCAUCAGUCAACGUGCUGCUGACAAACCUCAUCCGGGGGAAUCUGCUUCCCUCGGCUCUCGUCUGGAUAACCUCCAGACCUGCGGCGGCCAAUCAGAUCCCUCCUGCAUGUGUUGACAGGGUCACAGAAGUACGAGGCUUCACUGAGGCCCAGAAGGAGGAGUACUUCAGGAGGAGAUUCAGUGAUGAAGAGCUGUGCAGCAGAAUCAUCUCACACAUCAAGACCUCCAGGAGCCUCCACAUCAUGUGUCAAAUCCCAGUCUUCUGCUGGAUCAGCGCUACAGUUCUGGAGCACAUGUUGACCACAGACCAGAGAGGAGAGCUGCCCAAGACCCUGACUGACCUGUACUCACACUUCCUGCUGGUUCAGACAAAGAGGAAGAAGAACAAGUACGGUGAGGAACAUGAGACGACUCCACAGAGGCUGAUGGAGGCUGACAGGAACGUUCUCCUGAAGCUGGGGAGGCUGGCACUUAAACAUCUGGAGGAAGGAAACAUCAUGUUCUACCAAGAGGACCUGGAGCGGUGUGGUCUUAAUCUGACAGAGGCCUCGGUGUACUCAGGAGUUUGUACUGAGAUCUUCAGAAGAGAGUGUGUGAUCUUCCAGAAAUCAGUCUACUGCUUUGUUCAUCUGAGCAUUCAGGAGUUUCUGGCUGCAGUCUACAUGUUCCACUGUUACACCGAGAGGAACACAGAAGAACUCAACAACCUCUUGAGAACAUAUGGGAACACAGACACCUUCUCCCUGGAUGACUUCCUGAAGAGAACCAUGGAGAAAUCCCUCACCAGUACAAAUGGUCAUCUGGACCUGUUUGUUCGCUUCCUUCACGGCCUCAGUCUGGAGUCCAACCAGAGAGUCUUAGGAGACCUGCUGGGUCGGACAGGGAACAAUCCAAAUAUCAUCCAGAGAGUCAUCAAAAACCUGAAGCAGAUGUCUGGACAACUCGGUAGUUGUGGACUCUCAGAGACUCACUGUGAAGUCGUGGCCUCAGCUCUGAAGUCAGACCCCUCACAUCUGAGAGAACUGGAUCUGACUGGAAACAACCUUCAGGAUUCAGGAGUGAAGCUGCUGUGUUCUGGACUGGAGAGUCCAAACUGUCGACUGGAGACUCUGAGGUUGAAGGGCUGCAGACUGUCAGAGAUCAGCUGUUCUUCUCUGGCUUCAGCUCUGAAGUCAAACCCCUCUCACCUGAGAAAACUGGAUCUGAACUACAACAAGCUGCAGGACUCAGCAGUGAAGGAGCUGUGUGGUUUUCUACAGAGUCCAACCUGUCGACUGGAGACUCUGAGGUUGUGGGGCUGCAGUCUGUCAGAGAUCAGCUGUUCUUCUCUGGCUUCAGCUCUGAGGUCAGACCCCUCUCAUCUGAGAGAACUGGAUCUGAGCUACAACAACAGCCUGCAGGACUCAGGAGUGAAGGAGCUGUGUGGUUUUCUACAGAGUCCAACCUGUCGACUGGAGACUCUGAGGUUGGAUCACUGCAGUCUGUCAGAGAUCAGCUGUUCUUCUCUGGCUUCAGCUCUGAGGUCAAACUCCUCUCAUCUGAGAGAACUGGAUCUGAGAGACAACAACCUGCAGGACUCAGAAGUGAAGGAGCUGCUUGAUCUACAGCAGAGUUCAACCUGUCGACCGGAGACUCUGAGGUGGAGUUGAGUGUGAAGAGGACAGUGUGUGUGGACGGAGGCUGAGCUGUGUCCUGAGGAUCCAGAGGCUGAAGCAGCAGCAGCUUGUGUGUAGUCUCCAAUCUACACAACCCCUAAUCUGCAUGUGUUUGUGAGAUGAAGCCGGAGUUAUUAAGUUUAAGUUUGUCUUUGUUAUUGUCCACCUUUGUCCCUCAGUGUGUCUCCAUGUGUGUAGAACCACAUUCUGUGUAUAUGUUUGUUUAUGAUCUUAAAGUUCCUGGAUUCACGUCACAAAUUGAUUUAGUUCAACACAAAGUUCAACACAUUGAAAUCACUUUGAGUUUAAAAUCAGAGUUUUGUCUAAGACACAAAAACUCUGGACUUAAAAAUGGGACGUUUUCAUUUCUGCAUCAGGUGCAGAGCGGUGGUGGCUUUUCUACUUUUGACCCACAGGUGGCGCUGCAGUAUAACAGCAGCACAUCCCAGUCAAAGCCUUUAUAUUCAGUCUAUGAGUCAAACACAUGGAUCAUUUCCUCUGUGACAAACCAGAUGUAACGAGAAGAAAAACAUCUCAGAGAGAAAAGUUCUGUUUCUACUUGUCUCUGCUUUAAUGCUCAAUAAACAUCCUUCCACCGAC